CGAGCUGAACCCCAGGGCGAGGACAGGCCGUCAAAAGGGAACCAUGUGCAGCUUCCUGAGCCCCAAACCGCCCAGUGGCCCCGGCCUCACAGAUAUGCAGCAGUAUCACCAGUGGCUGACCAGUCGACAUGAAGCCAGCCUGCUGCCCAUGAAGGAAGACCUGGCCUUGUGGCUCACUAAUAUUCUCGGUCUGGAAAUCACCGCUGAGAGUUUCAUGGAUCGCUUAGACAAUGGCUUCCUAUUGUGCCAGCUGGCUGAGACACUACAGGAGAAGUUCAGGCAAAAUGAUAGAGACAUGCCUGUCUGUGCCAACAACAAGAGUAUUCCCAAUCGGAGGAUACCAUGUCGACAGAGCGCUCCCUCCGGGUCCUUUUUUGCACGAGACAAUACAGCUAACUUCCUGGCCUGGUGUCGUAAGGUCGGAGUUGGAGAAACAUGUCUGUUUGAGUCAGAGGAUUUAGUUCUUCAUAAGCAGCCGCGAGAAGUGUGCCUCUGUCUUUUAGAGUUGGGACGGAUAGCUUCACGAUACAACGUGGAGCCUCCCGGCCUUAUAAAACUGGAGAAAGAGAUUGAACAAGAAGAGAAAUCACCUCCACCACCUCCAUCACCUGUAUCCCCAGCUCAGCCCCUUCCACCAUCUCCUUCUUUAUCUCCUUCCCCGUCUCCGACUCCUACCAAAGUCAGUUCCAGCAAGAAAAGUACCGGGAAGCUGUUGGACGAUGCUGUAAGACACAUCGCUGAUGAUCCCCCCUGCAGAUGUUUGAACAAAUUCUGCGUCGAAAGACAAUCACAGGGUCGAUACCGUGUUGGGGAGAAGAUGCUUUUUAUCCGGAUGCUGCACAACAGGCAUGUGAUGGUGCGUGUUGGUGGAGGCUGGGAGACGUUUGAGAGCUACAUGCUGAAACACGACCCAUGCCGCAUGCUCCAAGUGUCCCGGGUGGAGGGCAAGGUGUCCCCGAUCAGCAGCAAGUCCCCCAACAUCAAGGACCUCUCCCAUGACAGCUACCUGGUCGUGGCAGCCCACUACCGCAGCAAGAAGUGAAGACAUGAGACUGCAACGUGCCAUUCAUAUCAGGAUGGCUUGUUAUAUAACAUAUCCCUGUUGUUAUUCGAAAUAUGGCGACAGACGCAAAGGCCUUCGUGGAGAGAAGAUAAUUCAGCCAAAUGGAUGUUUGUGAGCAGAAUAAGCCUGGAGUCACACUAGUGGGCCCUUAAUAAUGUGCUUUAUUUUACAGUCAUUACUAAAUUAUUAAAAUGACGUAGAUCUGGCUUAUUUUCUUA